AUGAUAGGCCUGACUGUGGAGGAACUAACAGCAGGGCACAUAAAGUUUACGCUUUCAAACACGACGGUGGGAUAUGCAAAUGCUCUGAGAAGGAUACUGAUUUCCGAGGUGCCCACGAUUGCAAUUGACAUGGUGGAGAUAGAAAGAAACAACACAGUGCUUCCUGACGAAGUGCUUGCACAUAGGCUUGGGCUCGUUCCUAUAUAUUCGAAAAGAAGUCUUAAGUACAAGGAGGAGUGCGGGUGCUCUGGAUUCUGCUCCGAAUGCUCUGUUGUGUUUGAGAUAGACGUGGUACACACGGAAGACACGCUGAGGGCUGUGAGCACAAGAGACAUCAUCUGUGAUGAGGAGGACGUGGUCAUCAAAAGCGGGCCUAUCAUCACAAAACUAGCAAGAGACCAAGGCCUAAAGGCCCGGUGCAUUGGGAGAAAGGGGAUAGGAAAGACUCAUUCGAAAUGGUCUCCGGUAUCUGCAAUCAGCUUCGAGUACGACAAGGACAACAUCAGGAGAGAGACUGACUACUGGUUUGAGGAGUCCAUAGAAGAGGAGUGGCCCGGGGUAAAGCAGGGAGAGGCAAAUCCGAUGCAGAAAGUAGACAAGAUUCACAUGUGUGUGGAGGUUGUUGAGGGAGGUGCCGGGCCGCUUGCUGUUGUCUUGGAAGGACUAAGGAUACUCAAGGAGAAGAUAGCAGGGCUGGCAUCUGCAACAGAAACGAUGGAUUAA